GCAAUCUGUAUGGACGAGGAGCAUCAGACAACAAGGCCCCAGUUUUAGCCUGGAUCCAUGCUGUGGAGGCUUACCAGACUCUCAGUAUGGAUCUGCCCGUGAAUGUGAAGUUUGUAAUAGAGGGCAUGGAGGAGACGGGCUCUAACGGCCUGGAUGCCAUGAUCAUGGCCCAGCGAGACACCUUCUUCUCAGAAGUGGAUUACAUCAUCAUAUCAGACUGUGGCUGGCUCAGCAGACGCCCCGCCCUCACCUAUGGCACCAGAGGCAACUGCUACUUCUUUGCUGAGGUUGAAGGACCGAAGCAGGACUUGCAUUCUGGUGUUUAUGGAGGGACUGUGAUUGAACCAAUGACCGACCUCAUUGGAAUUCUCGACACACUGAUCAGCCCCAGUGGCAAGAUCCUGAUUCCUGGGAUCAGAGAGGCUGUAGCUCCCCUCUCUGAUGAAGAAUGGAAAAUGUACCAGGAUAUCCAGUUUGACAUGGACAACUACAAGAAUAAGAUUGGUGUCAACCAACUCAUGUACAGCAAUAAGGUGGACUUGUUGGCUCACAUGUGGCGCUACCCCACAGUCUCCAUCCACGGUAUUGAGGGGGCCUUUUCAGACCCUGGGACUAAGACUGUCAUCCCUGCUAAGGUUACUGCUAAGUUUUCAAUUAGGCAAGUUCCUGACAUGGACCCUGCUAUGGUCAAGAAACAGGUAACAGACUACCUUCACUCUGUGUUUGCCAAAAGAAAGAGUCCCAACAAGCUCAAAGUCACAAUGGUGAUAGGAGCCAAACCUUGGCUGGCUGACACUCACCAUCCACUCUACGAGGCUGGAAAGGUUGCUAUUAAGAGAGUUUUCAACAUGGAUCCUGAUCUAAUCCGUGAGGGUGGAACCAUCCCAAUUGCCAGGACCUUCCAAGAUGUGACGGGAAAAAGUAUCAUCAUGAUGCCCAUCGGAGGCUUUGAUGAUGGUCUGCACUCUCAGAAUGAGAAAAUGAGCAGGUACAAUUAUAUUGAAGGAACCAAGUUAUUCAUCGCAUACCUGAAUGAAGUGUCCCAGAUUAAGAGGACUAGUGUGUGAUGUUUUAUGGUAUGAUCACAUGACCUCUUCAAAAACAUUCCAGCUAUAGAAAAGUGUGUUUUGAUAUUUUUACUGUGCCUUUAUCUUUAUUUCAUAAGGUUUUGAAACUUGUGGUGCAUUUACUGAUCUGCACCUCAAGUCUAUCUAUUUUUGCAUUAUCUCGUGGUUAUUUGGCUGUUUCCAUCUCUUUUGCCAGUGUUUAUGUUCACAUAAACUUGGGCAGCACUGUGAGUGUGUUUGUAUGUGUGUCAUGUAGUAAAAGCUGGACAAUGCAAUAUUACGAAUACGUCAUUUAUUUUAUGAGAAAUACAAAAUGUUAUUUUAUGAAUGUUAAUAAUACGAGAGACAUAUACAAA